UAUGCAGAGAGGCGGAAUCAGUGGAUGCUGUAGACUUGCGUUGCUCUGUGCCGCCAUCCCUCCGCAGCCAGGCAGACCGCAGAAACUGACUAGAGUAGCCGACUGAAGGAGGGCUGAGCCAAGAUGGGACGAUACAUCUGGUACGACAGAGCCAGCACAACAACAGGAAGUCUGGUGUAGAAGCUGAACCAGAAGAUAGCCCAGGCAGCAGUAGUAGCAGCGACAGCAGUGGUGGGGCGGUAGAUGCUCUCCCCUCAGCCUCAGGCCCAGUUCCUCCCCAGGCCCCUAUAGGAGAGAAGAGAGAGGACAGCUCCUGCUUUGACAGCUCUGUAGACUCCAGCGAGGAAGAGGAGGACAAAGAGGAGGACCCCGCCAUGUUCUCUAACUUUCUAAGCGGGGCGAACCCCCUCAGCUCUGUCUCCUCUGCUGUCAGAGGAGGUCUUUUUGGGGACAAUGGGGAGGUUGACAAACAGAAAGCAGGCCCUCAGCAUCCUGGGUCAGUUCCUGGCCCUGGGAAUGCCCUACAGCAGCAUCAGGGAGGACCCCAGCUGCAGGGGAACGGUCAGGCUGGUCAAGCAGCCAAACCUAGCGGGCAGCAAGCCCUUGCUAAGGGUGGUCCACAACAGCAAGGAACUCCUAAGGGUGGUCCACAACAGCAAGGACCUACAAAAGGUGGACCACAACAACAAGCCCCCCAACAGCAAACCCCUGCUAGGGGUGGUUCACAACAACAAGCACCUGAUAAAGGUGGACCGCAACCACAAGGGUCACCUAAGGUUGGCGCUCAGCCACAAGGGUCCCCUAAGGGUCGACCACAACAGCAAGGACCUGCUAAAGAUGGACCCCAACAGCAAGGGUCCCCUAAGGUUGGAGCUCAGCCACAAGGGUCCCCUAAGGUUGGAGCUCAGCCACAAGGGUCCCCUAAGGUUGGAGCUCAGCCACAAGGGUCCCCUAAGGUUGGAGCUCAGCCACAAGGGUCACCUAAGGUUGGAGCUCAGCCACAAGGGUCCCCUAAGGUUGGAGCUCAGCCACAAGGGUCCCCUAAGGUUGGAGCUCAGCCACAAGGGUCGCCUAAGGUUGGAGCUCAGCCACAAGGGUCACCUAAGGUUGGCGCUCAGCCACAAGGGUCACCUAAGGUUGGCGCUCAGCCACAAGGGUCACCUAAGGUUGGCGCUCAGCCACAAGGGUCACCUAAGGUUGGCGCUCAGCCACAAGGGUCACCUAAGGUUGGCGCUCAGCCACAAGGGUCACCUAGGGUUGGAGCUCAGCCACAAGGGUCACCUACGGUUGGCGCUCAGCCACAAGGGUCACCGAAGGUUGGCGCUCAGCCACAAGGGUCACCUAAGGUUGGCGCUCAGCCACAAGGGUCAUCUAAGGUUGGCACUCAGCAGCAGGGUUCCCCCAGGACUACACCACAGCAGCAAGCCGCUGGUAAAGCUGGGCAUCAGUCUAAAGCAGGACCUAUGGCUGGAGCUAAACCCCUGUGUCCAGUGUGUAACACUACUGGACUCAACCUGAACACCAAGGAGCCACCCAACUAUAACACCUGCACACAGUGUAAGACAGUCGUCUGCAGCUUCUGUGGCUUCAGUCCUCCUGACUCUGGUGGUAAGGAGUGGCUGUGUCUGACCUGCCAGAUGCAAAGAGCACUCGGAGGCUCUGACCCACCUGGAACCCCAAAGAUGAAACCCCAGCCUUCACCCAACAAAGCCUCUAUAUCUCCUGCACCACAGAAGAAAGACACCUCUACACAAGGCUCCAUCCAGAAAAACCCUGUUACAUCAGCAACACAGCCACCCAAGGCAGAGACUGCUAGAGCAGCAGACCCUCAGACACCGACUAGCCUGGUACCUGCUCAGAAUGCACCACAGGAGAACCGGAGAACAUCAGGGCCUCAGAAACCGCCAGAGCAGCCAGGGCUACCUAGGCAUAAGCAGAGUAAUGCCACCCCAUGCACACAGCAGGAGCCUGGGAAGCCUCAGCAAGAGCUUCCAAAGGAUGGAGCCUCUCCUGCCAAAGUUGUGCCACAGCUACAGGCUCAGGCCCCCAAGCAGGGGUCAGGGGGCUUCUUUGGCUUCGGUGGUCCUAAGUCUCAGCCUGCUGCCUCAAAGGCUGAAGAGUCAGUGUCUGGGAAGAUGUUUGGCUUUGGCUCCUCCAUCUUCAGCUCUGCAUCCACUUUGAUCACCUCAGCUGUUCAGGAUGAGCCCCACACCACACCGCCAGCUUCCCCCAAGUUGUCUGCACCGGCCUCUCCCAAGAUGCCCCCUGCAAAGGAGACCAAACCACCUGCUGUUCAGAAAGCAGAGGAGAAAAAAGCAGAGCAACCCCAGCAGGCCAAGGUCCCCCCAUCAAUACAGGCCAACGUGGACAAACCCCCAUCAGAGCCUCCAAAGGGAGCAGCAUCUUCCCAACCAGCUCCCAAAGCAGGCCAGUCCACCUGUCCACUCUGCAAGGUGGAACUCAACAAGGGAUCCAAGGACCCUCCCAACUACAACACCUGCACCGAAUGCAAGAACACUGUCUGCAACCUCUGUGGAUUCAACCCCAUGACAAAUGUUACGGAGGUGAAAGAGUGGCUGUGUCUGAACUGCCAGAUGCAGAGAAUGGAACCCACAGGACCUCCCAUGAAGAAACCCCAACCUUCUCCAAACAAAGGUUCUGCACCUCAGAAGGCCACUGUCACACCCAUCGCUACCCAAAAGAAAGACAUUCCAACACCAGGCUCCCCCCAGAGAAAACCUGCUACAUCAGCAACAGAGCCACUCAAGGCAGAUGCUGCUAGAGCAGCAGAACUUCAGAAACCAGCCAGCCCAGCACCUGUUCAGAAGGCACCACAGGAGAACCGAAGAACAUCAGGGCCUCAGAAACCAUCAGACCAGCCAGACCAACCUGGGCAUGAGCGGAGUAAUGCCACCCUGUCACAGCAGGUGCCUGGGAAGCCUCAGCAAGAGCCUCCAAAAGGUGGGACAUCUCCUGCCAAAGCUGAGCCAACACUACAGGCCAAGCCCCCCAAGCAGGAGUCAGGGGGCUUCUUUGGUGGCUUUGGUGGUCCUAAAUCUCAGUUUACCUCAAAGCCUGAAGAGUCAGUGUCUGGGAAGAUGUUUGGCUUUGGAUCCUCCAUCUUCAGCUCUGCAUCCACUUUGAUCACCUCAGCUGUUCAGGAUGAGCCCCACACCACACCGCCAGCUUCCCCCAUGGUGUCUGCACCCUUUGCGCUUCAAAAGCAGGAGACUCCCACACCAACUGGUGCCCAAAAAGGUGCACCAACACCAGUGUCACCCAAAAAAGAGGCUCAAGCACCAGCCAUAGCCCCUAAGAAAGACACCCCAAUGCCAGCCUCCCCCCAGAGAAAGCCAAAUUCCCCCACAAUGACUGCAAAGCAGGACCAGAAACCUGCAAGUCCUCUAAAACCAGGAGACCCAUCAGGGGCUAAACAGGGGAGUGCUGCACAACCACAGCAGCAGCCCCUACAGCAGAAGACUCCACAAGUCCAGCCUCAGCAGACCCCAGCAAGUACACCGAAAGCAGAACCUGUGAAGCCUCAGCAACAGCAUCCUAAAGUUGGGACCUCUCCAGGACCUGCUCAGAAGACACCACAGGAAAACCGGAGAACAUCAGAAGUUCAGAAACCACCACAGCAGCCCAGCCCUGGGCGUAGGCAGAGUAGUGCCAUUCCGUCCACACAGCAACACCCCAAGCAGGAGACAGGAGGCUUCUUUGGCUUUGGUGGUCCCAAAUCUCAGUCUACCCCCUCAAAGCCUGAAGAGUCAGUGUCUGGGAAGAUGUUUGGCUUUGGCUCCUCCAUCUUCAGCUCUGCAUCCACUUUGAUCACCUCAGCUGUUCAGGAUGAGCCCCACACCACACCGCCAGCUUCCCCCAAGUUGUCUGCACCGGCCUCUCCCAAGAUGCCCCCUGCAAAGGAGACCAAACCACCUGCUGCUCAGAGAGCAGAGGAGAAAAAAGCAGAGCAACCCCAGCAGGCCAAGGUCCCCCCAUCAGUACAGGCCAACGUGGACAAACCCCCAUCAGAACCUCGAAAGGGAGCAGCAUCUUCCCAACCAUCUCCCAAAGCAGGCCAGUCCACCUGUCCACUCUGCAAGGUGGAACUCAACAAGGGAUCCAAGGACCCUCCCAACUACAACACCUGCACCGAAUGCAAGAACACUGUCUGCAACCUCUGUGGAUUCAACCCCAUGCCAAGCGUUACUGAGAUGAAGGAGUGGCUGUGUCUGAACUGCCAGAUGCAGAGAGCUCUUGGAGGAAUUGAACCCCCAGAACCCCUCAUGAUGAAACUGUAUCCCAACAAAGUUUUUGCACCUCAAACAGUCACUGUCACACCUAUUGUAGCCCAAAAGGACAUUGCAACACCUGCUGCAUCGGUGAAGACAGACAGUCCAAUCCCAAGCCCCCCUCAAAGGAAACCAGUUCCCCCUGCAGCUGAAGUAUCAAAAGCUGAAGCUACUAAAGCAGCAGGCACUCAAAAGCCGGCAAGCCCAGCUCAGAUGGCAUCACAGGUGAACCGGAGAGCUUCAGAACCUCAGAAACAACCACAGCAGCCCAGCCAGCCUGGGCGUAGGCAGAGUAGUGCCAUCCCAGACACACAGCAACACCCCAAGCAGGAGUCAGGGGGCUUCUUUGGUGGCUUUGGUGGUCCUAAAUCUCAGUUUACCUCAAAGCCUGAAGAGUCAGUGUCUGGGAAGAUGUUUGGCUUUGGCUCCUCCAUCUUCAGCUCUGCAUCCACUUUGAUCACCUCAGCUGUUCAGGAUGAGCCCCACACCACACCGCCAGCUUCCCCCAAGUUGUCUGCACCGGCCUCUCCCAAGAUUCCCCCUGCAAAGGAGACCAAACCACCUGCUACUGAGAGAGCAGAGGAUAAAAAAGCAGAGCAACCCCAGCAGGCCAAGGCCCCCCCAUCAGUACAGGCUAAAGUGGACCAACCCCCAUCAGACCCACCAAAAGGAGUAGCAUCCUCCCAACCAGCACCCAAAGCAGGCCAGUCCACCUGUCCACUCUGCAAGGUGGAACUCAACAAGGGAUCCAAGGACCCUCCCAACUACAACACCUGCACCGAAUGCAAGAACACUGUCUGCAACCUCUGUGGAUUCAACCCCAUGCCACAUGUUACUGAGGUGAAGGAAUGGCUGUGCCUGAACUGCCAGAUGCACAGAGCUCUUGGGGGAAUGGAACCCCAAGAACCCCGCAUGAUGAAACCCCAACCCUUACUCAACAAAGUUUCUACACCUGUUGCACCUCAAAAGGAGACUCCGGCAUCUCAAAAAGAAAAGGAGACAGCCAUACCUGCUGUCGAUCAGAAGGCCGCCUCCACACUACAAAAAGAGGAGAGAACCACACUUGCUGCACCACAAAAAGAGACUCCAUUACCAGCUUCAUCCAAAAUGGGGGAGACACCAGUUACAGCUUUAAAGCAGGACACUCCAACACCAGAUUCACCACUAAAUAAAAAAUAUCCUACACCACCAGGUGUGUCUGUAACAGAUGAGGUCCCAACCACAGCUUUGCCUGUCAAGAAGGAAGUUUUUGCCUCAGCCCUUAUCAAGGAGGAACCAACUUCUGCCUCCCCUCUCAUCAAGGAGGUCACUGGUUCACCUCUCACUAAGGAGGCACCAGCCCCAGCCUCACCUCAAAAGAAUAAGGAACCUAUACUACCAGGGUCACAAAACAGAAAGGUGUCCCCAACACUAGGUUCAAUCCAAGAUAACUAUGCUGUACAAUCAGGUUUACCUCUGAAGAAGGAAGCACCAUUUUCGACAGCAGUAGAGACUAAAGAGGUACAACUUCCAGCUGCAGUUCAAAGCAAUGAGGCACCUGUUCCAGAUUCACUCAAAACAAAAGAGACUACAACAGUUGGCUCCGCACUGAAAAAAGAGGCUUCAUCUACUGAGAUCUCAAUUGACAACCAGAAACCUGCAAAUGUUCAAAAGUCGAAGGAGCGACCAGCCACACCUACAAACAAGCAGAAUGAGGUUGUUCAACCCUUAGGGCAGCCAGAAAAGCAAAUGCCUGCACAGGAACUGCCAGCUGCACAGCCUCUGGCACAAGUACAGUCCCUGGAAGCUCCAAAGCCAGACCCCAAAAUCACCCCCCCAAAGCAGGGGCUUGGGAAACCAGCCAGUUCAGCACCUGCUCAGAAGGUACUAGAGAAUCGGAGAACAUCAGAACCUCAGACACCACCACAGCAGCCCAGCCAGAGUAGUGCCAUCCCAUCCACACAGCAACCCCCCAAGCAGGAGUCAGGAGGCUUAUUUGGCUUUGGUGGUCCCAAAUCUCAGUCUACCCCCUCAAAGCCUGAAGAGUCAGUGUCUGGGAAGAUGUUUGGCUUUGGCUCCUCCAUCUUCAGCUCUGCAUCCACUUUGAUCACCUCAGCUGUUCAGGAUGAGCCCCACACCACACCGCCAGCUUCCCCCAAGUUGUCUGCACCGGCCUCUCCCAAGAUGCCCCCUGCAAAGGAGACCAAACCACCUGCUGUUCAGAAAGCAGAGGAGAAGAAAGCAGAGCAACCCCAGCAGGCCAAGGUCCCCCCAUCAAUACAGGCCAACGUGGACAAACCCCCAUCAGAACCUCGAAAGGGAGCAGCAUCUUCCCAACCAGCUCCCAAAGCAGGCCAGUCCACCUGUCCACUCUGCAAGGUGGAACUCAACAAGGGAUCCAAGGACCCUCCCAACUACAACACCUGCACCGAAUGCAAGAACACUGUCUGCAACCUCUGUGGAUUCAACCGCAUGACACGUGAAACAGAGGUGAAGGAAUGGCUGUGUCUGAACUGCCAGAUGCAGAGAGCUCUUGGGGGAAUGGAACCCCCAGGACUGCCGAUGAUUAAAUCCCAACCCUUGCCAAGCAAAGUCUCCACACCUGCUGCAUCUCAAAAGCUGACCCCAGCACCAGCUAAACCCCAAAAGGAGGAGAUUCCAGUACCUGCGGCUGGCCAAAAAGAGAUUCCUCCACCCACUGUACCUCAGGAGACAUUAAUAUCGGCAGGAACCCCAUCAACAGCUGCAGUCAAAAAGGAGGAGACCCCAGCACCAGGAUCCCCACAAAACAAACAUGCUCCACCUGCUGUGGCUGCAAAGGACAAACAGGAACCUAUAAUUGUUCAGAAACCAGUGGGCCAAACAAUUCCAGUGACACCCAUACCCAGUGGUGCUGCUACACCUGCACAGCAGCCAGAAAAGCAAACUCCUCCACUGCAACAGCCUGAUGCAAAGCCCCCACCACAACUACAGCCCCAGCAAGUUCCAAAGAUAGGCCCCAAAACUGAUCCCCUAAAGCAGAAGGCUCAACAACAGCUUCCAAUAGGUGGGACCUCUCCUGCCAAAGCUGUAUCACAACCACAGGCCAAGCCCCCAAAGCAGUCAGGAGGCUUCUUUGGCUUUGGUGGUCCUAAGUCUCAGCCUGCUGCCUCAAAGGCUGAAGAGUCAGUGUCUGGGAAGAUGUUUGGCUUUGGCUCCUCCAUCUUCAGCUCUGCAUCCACUUUGAUCACCUCAGCUGUUCAGGAUGAGCCCCACACCACACCGCCAGCUUCCCCCAAGUUGUCUGCACCGGCCUCUCCCAAGAUGCCCCCUGCAAAGGAGACCAAACCACCUGCUACUGAGAGAGCAGAGGAAACAAAAGCAGAGCAACCCCAGCAGGCCAAGGUCCCCCCAUCAAUACAGGCCAACGUGGACAAACCCCCAUCAGAGCCUCCAAAGGGAGCAGCAUCUUCCCAACCAUCUCCCAAAGCAGGCCAGUCCACCUGUCCACUCUGCAAGGUGGAACUCAACAAGGGAUCCAAGGACCCUCCCAACUACAACACCUGCACCGAAUGCAAGAACACUGUCUGCAACCUCUGUGGAUUCAACCCCAUGCCACAUGAAACAGAGGAAUGGCUGUGUCUGAACUGCCAGACACAGAGAGCUCUGUCUGGUCAGCUGGGAGACAUGGGGAUGAUGGCCGAGGCACAACUCACUAAGACUGGUGCCCAGCCCACACCACAGCCUGUAGCCACAUCCACCAAGACAGAGCCCCAGUUUCCAGCAGCAACCACAACCAAGGCCCAGGCUGUUCCUCUCACAUCAGAGCCCAUUCCACCUACACUAACACCUGCUCUUGCACAAAAGGAGCUGGAGCCAAAGGUGAAAGUCCCUGAGGCUGAAGCUCCCAAUGCGGUCGCAAAGGCUGAGGCUCCAAAGACACAAGUUCUCAAGGUGAAGAUCGCCCAGACAGAGGCACCAAAAAUGGAGUCUUCUGUGGUAGAAGUUCCUACAAAUGAGCUGCCCAAACCUGUAACACCUAAAUCUGAACCACCCAAGACUCCAGUGGUAGCUGCUCCUGCUGUCGCUGUCCCAAUGACUGAGGCCAUGACUGCUCCUGCUCCUCUACCCACCACAGUCGCUACUGCCAUUGCUGUCACUCCAGCCACUGUGGAGGCUAAGGCUCAACCAGCAGAGCUACCUAAACCAGCAGAGGAGAAGGUUGAGAAGCCAGCAGAGGAGAAGGUUGAGAAGCCACUGAAGCAACAGAAACCAGUACCUGUCACAGUGGCUGAGAGGGUAACUCCACAACCAGUCCCAACAGCUGAUACUAUCAAGAAAGUGGCCGCUCCAUUGGUUGAAAAGGUGGAUGAGGUCCUUCCUGAACCUCAGCAGAUUCUUACUGAGAAGGAGACUGUGGAGGAGGAGAAAGAGCCAACUGCAAACUCCCUCCUAGCAGACCAGGUAGUAGUUGAGGUACCGUCCAGCCCAGCCAGUCCAUUUGAGCCUGAUACCAAGACUGAGGACCCUAGUAUCAAGUCCCAGGAUGAACCAGAUAUACUUCCUAUCUCACAGGGCUCCUACAGCUCAGAGGAAGAGCUGAAGGAGUUGCAGACAGACAGAAAUGUCCCUAUGAUUGACACGACCGCUGACACAGCCAUGCCUUCCAAGGAUGAGGUGAAUGUGGAAAGGAGGCAUCUGAAUUACGUGCAGAUGGAGGAGAGCAGUGGGAGCGAACCCUCGCCCCAGGUCCAGAGACAGAGGUUAAGUGCGAUAGCAGUCAGCACGCCAGCCUCAUCCAGCAGCGAGGACUACAAAGCAGACAGCCCGGCAGUCAGCCCAGACUCAUCUGUGGAUGAGGAGGAGUUCAUCCGCAGGCAGAUCAUGGGGAUGACAGGAGAGGAGGAGAUGUUUCUCUCAGAGGAGGAAAAAGAUGAGAAAGAGAGCAGAGAGGAGGAGACCAAGGAGGCCGAGGUGGAUAACGAAUCAGGCAAAUCCAAACUUCUGCUAAAGAAAGGCAUUAUGGAUAAUGAAGACAGCCCAGCCAGGAGACCAUCUCUUCCAGGAUUUGAGGCUAAAACCACUGCAGAUAGGUCUGAGCUCACCACCACUGUGUUUAAGAAAGACAUGACGUUACAGCGAACAAAGAGCACGGGUGAUGGAGAUGCUGAGGUGGAGAGCAUCACAGAGUCUCUGGAGGACAAGUCCAAAGGUGAGGGGUCAUCCAGUGUCCAGGUGUCCAGCUUCACCCCUGGAACCUCUCCCACCUCAGCCUCUUCUCUGGAGGAGGACAGCGACAGCAGCCCCAGCCACAAGAGGAGCGGGGAGGGGAAACAGCACCGCAAGGCCAAGCACAGGCAGGCUGGCCAGUCCCUUCCCACCAUCGAGGACUCGUCAGAAGAGGAGGAACUCAGGGAGGAAGAAGAUCACCUCAGGGAGCAGGAGAAACAUAAAGAGUCAGACCAGCAGCAGGGGAAGAGGAGCUCCAAGAAGUCCAAGAGGAAUAAAGACGAACUACAGACUCAGAGGAAAUGGGAUAAGCCUGUAACCUCGCCCAGUAACCCGUCUCCUAUUGAAAACGCCUCGCCCACUGUGGAGGUGAGGCAGGCUAGAGAGAUGGAAGUGUUUCACAAGUCCUCAGGCUCUGACUAUUCUCCUAGCAUGGAGUCUGAUUCAGAGGCGUUUCACACAGAGGCCAAGAUAGCUGUCCCAAAAGGACAGAAGUUCAGUACUGCAGAGCCACUAAAGAGUGCAGAGGAGGUAUAUGAGGAGAUGCUUCAGAAAGCUAGAUCUCCUAAAGGAGAGACAGAGCCAUUCCCUGAGAUAGAGCCACUCUACGGAGGCAUGGCCAUAGAGGACUACCUCUAUGAGUCCCUAGUGGAGGAGCCUGAAGCUAAACCUAGUUCAGCCCGACCGGAACAGCCUAGUAAAGACCAUGCUAAAGAGCCGGGGAAGAAAAGUUUAAGGUCUCCUGAAGAGGUGUAUGAGGAGAUGAUGCAGAAAAAGAAGGAACUGAUGUUGAUAGAGCAGGAGUUUCAGAGGGUUCAGUCAGCGAUGGACACUCCAAAUCCAGAAAUACAUGUGACUGCACCAUCCAGUGCUGCAGCUGAGAGCUGCAAAGUUGGUGAGGCAGAGGGAGAAAAGCCUAUGUUAGAUGCUGAUUCUACCUACGUUAAGAGGAAGAAACGUCCUGCUCCACCACGACCCUCUGAACCUCCUAAACGGCCUGAGGUCAACGUUGCCAAGCCAACAGUUCCUCAGGAUAUGACUAUGAGGAGGGCUCUUUUCCCCAUACCGGAUUUGAAGAUCACCCAGUGUUCCUCUGGAGAGGAUGAGACAGAUGAUAGUAUAAUAGAGGAGUAUGGAGUGGGAGUGUCCUCUGAUAUUACCCCUAGCGAUGAGUCUGAGACUAAAGAACAGGUAGAGUCCUCUCCAGUUUCAGAACAUACACCAAUAACAGAGGCAGCUGAGAUUGAACCCAUCACUGUAAUGUGUGAGGUUCCCCAGACGAAAGCUACACCAGCUCCUGCCCCUGAGACAAUUCUAGCCACCAGUACAACCACCACAACAUCACUAAUUUCUCCAGCAUCACCGCCCACCUCACCAGCAACUCCAGACUCAAGUCUAGCCUCCAAUCCUACUUCCUCCUCCUCUUUCCAAGCUCCAAGUCCUCUCUCCUCUGACUCUACUCCAGUGUCCACUCCAACACCAGACCUGGCCAAAGCUGCAGCUCCCUUCGCAGCUCAGCUGCCUGCUGAUAUCUCCCCUCCUUCUAUUGCUCCCAUUAUGGCUGUUUCUCCAACCACAGUUUUGGUCACAAUUCCAGAUGUGGUGACAGAUCCAACCCAAGCACCAACACCAGCUACAACUACAGUCCAUGCUUCUGCUCCACUAGCCCAACCCCAAGCCUCAGUCCCUGCCUCAGUGGUGGUGCACAUACCUGAUCCGGUUGUAAUCCAAAUGCCAGACCUGGUUACAUCUCCAUCCCAGAUGUCUGUUCAGGGUCCACCUUUUGUGCAGGUCACAGCACCAACUCCAGUACCAAGCCCAGUACCUUCUGAAGCCACAUCUCCAGUCCCAGCUGCUCCCAGUGCAAUGUCAACUUCGGCUCCAGUCUCUGCUCCAACUCCAGCCCCAGCUCCAGUUGUAGUCCAAAUGCCAGACCUGGUUACCAUCACCUCUUCAGUUUCACCCCAAGCCCCACUACCUGUGACAUCCUCGGCUCCUGCCCAGGCUACAGUGGUGCAUUCAGUCCCUGACCAGACUGCUGCCCCACCUCCAACCCCAGUAGUAGUCCCAGCCAUAGGGACACGCCGAAUUCAGAGACAAGCCUCCACCAAAAAAGCCCCACCUCCUCCUCCACCUAGGUCUACAUCAGUCUCCCUGCCCCAAACCUCAGCAGAGCCUACCUCUAUCAGGGCCAUCCAUAAUGUCUCCCCGACCGUGACUACCACUAUAGCCAUGGGAGCAACUCUGCCUGUGGUGGUGAAUGUACAGUCGCUAGUGGAGGAUGUCCGGCCAGAAGGUAUUGCUGGCUCUCAGGUUAUGAUGACCCCUACCAGACAGGGGCAUGUGGUCAUCAUUGUCCCCAAUGUGGAGAACAUGUCGGUGCUCAGCCAGAUAACCCAAGACCUUGUGGCAAACUCAGUGGCAAUAACUACCACCUCUGCUGUGGUUGAAGGCAGUAGUCAGAUAGCAGCAAGGCCUGUGGUUGUCAGUGUUGCUCCUUUCUAUACUGCUCCCUCUGUUCCUGCUGAACACAGCUCAGACACAUAUAUACCUUUGGCAGAUACCCCAACACCUCCUUUGCCUCCUCCACCACCCCCUGCCACCUUACUAAAGCCAGCUGUUUAUCCCCAAAAGCCUUCCAUUUCCAUCCCACCUUCAGUCCCAACAUCAGUGCCAGUCUCAGCUGCUUUGACAAUGGCACAGGCAACUGUAACAACCCCAGGCCCCACUCCAGUACACAAGGCCCCUGCACCCCCUCCAGUCCCCCCCAAGCCUGUGUCCAUCCCUGCAGGGCUGGUGUUCAGCCACCGACCAGGGGAGAGUGUCAAACCUCCAGUGUAUCCCACUGCCAGCCACACACUUCCCACGACCAGAGAAGUGGUCCCGAAAGCCAGCUCAGCAGAGCCAUUCACAGCCACAACACUGCCCAGGACCAGAGAACCUCCCAAUGCCCUGUCUCUGAGUCUGACCACCCCAGUGGAAUCCAAGAUGAGUGCUACCUCACCCAGGUCCCCUCUUUCUCCAAGGAACGCCAAGUGUCUGGAUACGUAUGUUGUGAUAACUCUGCCCUCAGAGCCUGGCACACCCACAGAGGGUAUCACUGUCCAAGCCCCCAUCAGAAGAGGGUCCAUCAUCCCCUCUAAGCAGACCGGCCCAGGGGUUUGGACCACACCGUCAGAACAGCAGUCACCCAUUGAGGCCUUCUCAGCCCAGGACAAUGUCAGGAGAGCAUCAGUUUCCUCAUUGAGGCAGCCGCCACCACCACCAGCAGCAAUAGGACCAGUCGAAGUAGCAGCACCCCUAGAGGGAGUCACUGUUCUAGCAACAGCAAGGCGGCCUUCCAUACCAUCAGCUAUGCAGCUUCCAUACGGUAUGGCUGAGGUGGUGACAGUUUCAGCUGGGUCUGAGAUGCCUAUUCAGGUACACAAUGUCCCAGCUCCAAUCAAGAAACCGUAUAAACCUCCAACAGCCAAGCCACUGCAGACAGUGUCUGUGGUUAUGACGAUGCCAUCAGAGCCACAGGUUCCUGUAGAAGUGUCUGCAACUCAAGCCUCUGGUAGAAGGGCACCUGCUGUACCUCAGCAGCCACAAUAUGUGGCUCAAGUAAUGGCUUUACCAGCAGAGCUGGACAUACCUACAGAGGUUGUUUCAAUUGAGGCCAUGUCUGGAAGAGCAACAAUACCACCAGAAAUGCAGCAACCACAAACCAUGGCAGAGGAAAUGCCAUUACAGCAGGAAAUACCAACGGGAGCUAUGACCACCCAAAUCCAUAUUGAAGCUACACCCUCAACCAUGCAUCAGUCACCAUCUCUGAUAGAGGUGGCUUCAACUGAGGCUAUCUUUAGAAGAGCAUCAAUACCAUUGGAAAUGCAGCAACCACAAACCAUGGCAGAGGUAAUGCCAUUACAGCAGUACACACCAUCAAUUCGAUCAUCUGCAUCUGAAGUAAUGACUUUUCCUUCAGAGUAUGAAAUGCCUACGGAGGUUAUAACAACUGAGGCCACUACCACUAGAAGGACAUCCAUAUCCUCUGUAGCACAACAACCAUACACAUUGGCUGAAGUGAUGACUUACCCAUCAGAAUAUGAAACACCCACCCAGUUGGUUACAACUGAGGCUACUUCCACUACAAAAAGAGCGUCUAUAACCAUACAGCAGCUUCUAACUAUGGCCCAGGUUAUCACAAUGCCUGCAGAGGCAGAGGUACCUCUAGAGGCAUAUGCUGCCCAAGUUCAAUACAGGAGAGAAUCCAUCCCCUCAGCAGUGCAACCGCCACAGGCAGUAUCAGAGGUCCUGAGUUACUCAUCAGAGUAUGAGACCCCCCUGGAGGUCAUUACAACUGAAGCCUACACCAGGAGAAUGUCAGUUCCCUCUGGCCAGGAGGUUCCCCAGACUGUCCCCGUGGCUCCAGUCACCAUCACCAGGAAGUUCCACCAGGAGUCGAUAGAGAGCCAGGAAAUCCGUGGGCCUGAGAAGGUGGUGUCCAGCCUGAGCCACGUGUACUCCUCCUCUAUCUCCACCUCAGCCCAGCCCCCGGAGAGUCUGCCCAGCCUGGUCACUCAGGUGGUCACCACCGAGGUUCAGAGAACCACUGUAUCUGUGGUUCAUGAGAGGCUGCCCCAAGCUCCUGCGUCAGACGCAUUGGCCAUCCCUAUCCAGCCAGACCUGGCUAAAGUCCAGCCCUCUCCCAAACAGAACGGGAAGAUCUAUUCCGGUGAUGCCAUUGACCUCCGCACCAUUAAGGUCGGUGUAAAGAUGACUGAUUCAGGGAUGGACUUGACGCCUCGGGAAUCGAGUCGCCAGUCCGACGGUAGCAACUCUAGUGGCCGACAUACGGCAGUGCAGCCAGAGAUAGUUAACCUGAGUGCUGAGAUCACCCCUUCCACCACGUUGGCUGUUGUAACUGAUAGCAUCACUAUUGUCACCUGUUCAGCCACCAUUGCCUCCUACACCAGCGAGCCAGCAGAAAAGCCUUUAGAUCUGCAGGGUUAUGUUGCCUCCAUGCCUCUCCCUCUUACCACAUACAAACCAUUCGAGCCUCUGGCACAGAUAGUGUAUAGGCGGGUAGACUCUCCACCUAUCGUCAGCACGGUGACAGUCAGAGACACAGAGACACCAAUUAACCUGUCCUAUGGAGCCUCCACAGUAGAUAGCAGGCUUCCAGUGACCAUGGCCCCAGCUAUCAGCAAUGGGGGGACCAUGCUCUCUGAGCUGGCUGGGGCCGUGGACCUGUCCACAUCCAGACCCCUUAGGGCCAUGGUGGCUCUGUCCGGCACCAGCCCAGGUGUGGUGACCACGGUUGUAAAGGAUGAUGGGACGCCCAUAGAUCUGACAGCUGGGAAAAAUGUGUGCUGUGACGUCAUCUACAAGCUACCCUUCACAGGGAGCUGUGGGACCCAGCCACCAGUUAUUACCCAGCCUGACAACCACUUCGGCUACAGAGACGACCACUACCAGUAUGAUCAUGCUGGGGUCUAUGGAUUCAAGGUCUUGAACGGCAAGGCCAUGUCUGAGACCAAUCUGGCUGAUGCAGGACUCUUCCUCUAUAAUGGAAAGACUGGAUAUGACUAUAACAGAGUCUUGGACAGUGCAGUAGACCUGACAGCUGGUAAUAUAUCCGCAGGUGAAGCUCUAGACUACACUAGUAAAGCUGCUGGGUCCUAUACUGGGAUAUCCACUGCUCCAUAUUCCCAGGUCCCUGCUUAUAGUGUCCUUAGAUCCUCAGACGGAAUGGUAUACUCCUCCAUAGCAGCCCCUGUUCCUUCUACAUACGCCAUCACCACUCAGCCAGGGUCCAUCUUUAGCACCACCCUACCCCCUACCACCACCCUCCAGGAGCAGCCAACCCAAGCCCCAUACCCCUAUGGCUUCAUCCCCACCACCGACCCUGGCCACCAGAUCAUCAGCCUGGGCACUGGCCUGCCCAAGGACCUGCUGCCCAACGCUCUGGCUGACAUCAUGACUGGCUUCCCUGCCCUGUACUCUGACCAAACCCUGGAGGCCAUUGCAGCCUCUCUGGAGGCCCUAGCCUCGUUGCCCAUGUUCCCCGGCCUGGAUGACAGCAAGAUCACCCAGUAUCAGAUGGAGAGGGAGUUCCUGCAGCUGGAGAAGCUGAAGCAGUUGUGUCUGGCAGAGGAGCUGGAGUGGGAGAGGCAGGAGAUCCAGCGCUACCGUGAACAGGAGCAGAUCAUGGUGCAGAGGGAGCUGGAGGAGCUGCAGGCUCUGAAACAGAAGUUGUUAGUGCAACAGGAAGAGGAGCACCAUGCACACCUUGUAGCCCAGCAGGAGACCUACAACCAGCAGAGGGAACAGCUAGAGCAGAUCCAACAGCUCCAGGUGCAGCUACAGCACCAGCUAGAGGAGCACUACGGUACCACAGGAACCUCAGAUAACCUGCUAGAGGCACAGUAUGCAGGGGUGGGGGAUAACGGUCAGUACUGGCCUGUUAGGGAUGAGUCCACCACCUCAUCCACUGUCAUCCAGCUAGAGGGUGGGGUGCAGUAUGUGACCGGUGAGGGUCAGAGAGAGGUUGGAGGUCAGGACCAGCUGCAAUUCAGUAGGAAACAGUCGGCAGGGUCUAAGCAGCCUGGUGAUCAAGGGUAUGGUACAGGGGUGGUAGGGAAGAGGAUAGUGGACAGUGGGGUCCAGACAGACGAUGAGGACUCAGUAGACAGAACGUAUGUGGGGAGGAGGAAGAGGAACAACAGGAGGGGUGUAGACAGCAGUGUUCAGACUGAUGAUGAGGAGGACCAAGAGGAUGAGUGGGACAUGCCAACCAGGUCGCGGCGGCGCUCCCGCUCCAGCAAGCACAGCGGCGAGGGAAAACACGGUGGCUCUAAGGUCUCCAGCAUCGCCAUCCAGACUGUGGCAGAGAUCUCUGUCCAGACCGACCACUCUGGCAGCAUCAAAUGCCCCAGCAUCCAGAUGGACACUAAGGUGGAGAUCAUCAAACACAUCUCAGCCCCAGAGAACUCUCAGAGAGGAGGCAGCCUCAGCUGCCAGACAGACACAGACCGCAGGCGCCACUUGCCCGUAGAGGUGGGCUACAGCGCCUACCUGAAGGCAGACCUCGCCCCCAAGUCCCCCAAAGUGCUUUACUCUCCCAUGUCUCCCCUCUCCCCGAGUAAGGCCAUGGAGGAAGGGCAGAAGAGGCUGACCACUGACCCGUCCAGGUUUUCCUCCAGCCCUAGGAUGCUGAAGCCUGGACCGAAGUCUCUGCCUGACCCCAAGUCUCUCAGCCCCACCAUCGAGGACAGGAUAGGCUACCACUACACAGAAACCUACUCUGGCCAGGGCUCUCCGUCAGGCACUGGAAAGAAGGUGAAGAGGACCCUACCCAACCCUCCCCCAGAGGAUGACCCUCUGACUGGCCCGUCAGGCUACAGCACCAACUCAGCGCGCCGACGGCUCGGCCGUCACACCACCAUGGCCCGGGCGAAGAUCUUGCAGGACAUCGACAAGGAGCUGGACCUGGUGGAGAGAGAGUCAUCCAAGCUCCGCAGAAAACAGGCCGAGCUAGACGAGGAGGAGAAAGAGAUUGAUGCCAAGCUGAGGUACCUGGAGAUGGGCAUCAACCGUCGUAAGGAUGCCCUGCUGCAGGAGAGGGAGAAGAGGGAGAGGGCCUACCUGCAGGGUGUGGCUGAGGAAAGAGAUUACAUGUCAGACAGUGAGGUCAGCAACAUCAGGGAGACCAGAGGGAACAGCCACGGCCUGGAGAGACCCAGGACAGCUCCCCAGUCAGAGUUCGACCAGUUCAUUCCCCCUGAAACUGAGGCUGACUCCCAGUACUCCACUCUUACCAGUCCCUACUCCCACUACACCCAGUAUGUCCCCCAGACCCAGGCCAUCAGCAACUACCCCCAGCAGACCCUGUACCAGCAGCAGGCCCUCUACCAGCAGCACCCCUAUCAGAGUCAGUCAGUCUACUCCUCUGUGCCCAGCCUGUCCUACCCCCAGGCCUCCCACUCCCACCAGCAGGCCCAGUCCUCAGGCUACCAGUCCAAGAACAACACCAACUACGAGGUUAUCCGGAACCAGCCCAUGAUCAUCGUACCCUCCUCCAGCGAGGGGGGGUAUGGGGUGGGGAAGUACGGUAGCCUGGAACUGAGGAUGGGCCUGGAGGAGAGGAGCAUGGCCUCCAGCCCCAUGUCUAGUAUAUCUGCUGAGUCUUUCUACGCUGACAUCGACCACCACAAUGCCAGGAACUAUGUUCUGAUAGAGGACAUAGAGCAGCUGACUAAAGGCUCUACAGCGCUGGGCUCUGCAGGGCUGGGGUCAGGGUUCAGUCUGCCUGAUAAGGACCUGUCUAAGGCUGACAGGCUGCUCCGGGCCGCUGAAGCCAGGCGCACUGCAGAGGUUGCAGAGUUCCUUGGUAACUCGCGUUUGCACAGCUACGGUAAAGGAGAGGAGGACUCUAUGGAGGAGCCUUAUGAGCUGAAGCUCCUGAAGCAACAGAUAAAGCAGGAGUUUAGACGAGGGACGGAGGGUCUGGAGCACCUCUCAGGCCUGGGCAUGCCUCAGUACCUCCCCACUGACCCCAGCUACAGACACUUCCCUAAGGCUGACAAGUACAGCAUCAGCCGGCUGACUCUGGAGAAACAGGCUGCCAAGCAGCUCCCUGCCGCCGUGCUCUACCAGAAACAGAUCAAGAACCAAAAGAAGGCAGCCCUGUUGGACCCCAAGAUAACCAAGUUCUCCUCCAUCCAGGAGAGCAGAGACCUGGAGCCAGACUACAGCAGCUUCCUGGGUUCUGGAGCCUCGUCUGUCACCAACCUGUCCACGCGAGCCAGACUGCUCCAGGAUGAGAUCACCUUUGGCCUGAGGAAGAACCUGUCUGAGCAGCAGAAGUACCUGGACUCCUCCCUGGGAUCUAACCUGGCUGGCUCUCUGGGCCAGAACCUGGGCCAGCCUCUCGGCCUGGGGGGACCCACCAUGAGGACUACCCUACAGGACGACACCACCUACCCCAGCGGCACGCGCUCUCGCCCCUCCUCCCGCCCCAACUCCCGCCCCAACUCCCGUCCCACUUCCGUCUAUGGCCUGGAUCUGUCCAUCAAACGGGACCUUUCCAGCUCCUCUCUCAGGCUGAAGAUUGAGGGAGAAGCAUUGGACGCAGCGUUCGGCACGGGGGUGGCCAGGACCAAGCCCACCAGCCUGCCUAUAAGCCAGAGCCGCGGGCGCAUCCCCAUCGUGGCUCAGAACUCAGAGGAGGAGAGCCCCCUGAGUCCUGUGGGAGAGCCCAUGGGCAUGGCCAGAGCCUCAGCCGGCCCUCUACCACCCAUCUCAGCUGACUCCAGAGACCAGUUUGGCUCUAGCCACUCCCUGCCGGAGGUCCAGCAGCACAUGAGGGAGGAGUCCAGGGCUACACUGGGACAUAGUGGGGUCUACGACAAAGACAUAGCCUUCAUCAUGGACGACCUGGGGGGAGCCAUGUCUGACAGCGAAGCCCUAACUGACUCCAUGCUGACACUGAACAGAGAUGAUCCCAGAAUCUUUCAUGAGAGUAUCAGACACGCCGGAGGCCCCAACUGGAACAUAGAAGCGUACCACCUGAGGAGGGAGGACACUGACUGGUUUGAUAAGCCUGCAGAGAGACAACAUCAGGAAAAUGGACAGCCUCUGGACAGGAGACAGAUUAAGCUGAUUCCCUAUGUGUUCCCUCACACCCGGCUCAAACUACAGAGGGACCCCAAGGACACCAGUGUCUCAGGGAAUGGCCUGGGGAUCCGUGUGGUGGGAGGAAAGGAGAUUCCUGGUUGUCAUGGUGAGAUAGGAGCCUACAUCGCCAAGGUUACACCCGGAGGAGUGGCCGAACAGACAGGGAAAGUGGUGGAAGGAAUGCAGGUGUUGGAGUUGAACGGGGUUCCUCUGAUGGGGAAGACUUACGAGGAGGUGCAGUGCAUUAUGGGUCAGCCGUCUGCAGAGACUGAGCUCUGUGUGAGACUUGACCUGAACAUGCUGUCUGACCCUGAGCGCCCCCAGGCCCUGGAGAACCAUGACCAGCUGAAACCUGGUGACAGGCAGUGUUCUCCAGGAGUGGACCCAAAGCAGCUGGCUGCAGAGCUGCAGAAGGUUUCCCAACAGCAGGCCCCUGGGAUGGGGGUAGGAAUGGGGGUGGGGGGGCCAGGAGGAGUAGGGGUCCUCUCUGCCCUUGACCGCUCAGCUCUGUUACACUCAGGCAAUGCAUCGGCCAGCUCUAGUGCCGUCCCCAGCCCUGGUCAGCCUGCCUCCCCAGCCAUCAACAAGAAACAACGCCACAGCGCCAAGUCGACAGCGGAUGUGCAGGUGCUAAAGCCUCAGCCUCACCCUAUAACAGGAGAAAUACAGCUCCAAAUCAGCUAUGACAGGAACCUGGGGAACCUGAUAGUGCAUGUGCUCCAGGCCAGGAACCUGGCUCAGAGAGACCCCAACAGAUACUCUGACCCCUUUGUCAAGGUCUACCUCCUACCAGGGAGAGGACAAGUCAUGGUAGUCCAGAACGCAAGUGGUGAGAACAAGAGGAGGACCAAGUACGUUCAAAGGAGUCUGAACCCAGAGUGGAACCAGACCGUCAUCUACAAGAACAUACACCUGGAACAGCUGAAGAAGAAGACUCUGGAGGUGACAGUGUGGGAUUAUGACAAAUCUUCCUCCAAUGACUUCCUGGGAGAAGUGUUGAUAGAUCUGUCUAACACAUCUCAGCUGGACAACACUCCUCGCUGGCUGCCUCUGAAGGAGCAGAGUGAGAGCAUUGAGCAUAGCAGAGCACACCACACCGCCCAGGGGCCUGGGGGGGCAGGAGCAGGGGCAGGGCCGGGACAGGAGCCCAUAGCGGGGCAAGGACCAGGCAAGGACAUGGGGCCAGGAUUAGGACAAGGACAAGGCCUAAUGCAUGGACAGGGACAGAGACAGGGGCAGGGGCAGAUGGAGGAGUGCCUUGAGUCCCCCAAGAAUUCUGUGAUAAAGAGCAGAAGCCACGGGAUCUUCCCUGACCCAGCAAAAGACAUGCAGAUGGUGACUCUAGAGAAGUCCCACAGUAGUCCCGGCAGCUCUAAGUCAUCGUCAGAUGGCCAGCUUCGUUCCCACGGUCCGUCCCGCAGCCAGAGCAAGAGCAGUGUCACGCAGGCCCACCUGGAGGAUGCUGGGAUAGCUAUUGCUGCCGCAGAGGCCGCUGUGCAACAAGCCCGCCUCCAACCGAGACCAGGCCACAGGUUGGGGGAUGUGUCGGGGCCGGUGGUGUCCUCAGCCCCCAAUCUGCUGGAGGGGUAUGGGGGUCUGGAUGGAGAAGAGGGGACUGGCACAGGGGUCGACAGCGCCAUUUUCCAGGUCCCACGUAUAGGGAAGACCAUCCCCAACGGCAUCGACAAGUCUAGAGGACUGCCACUCUCGCUAUCAGACAAUGAGGGGGGUGGGGGUAAGACCCAGAUGAUGGGGGAGAUCAAGGUGGCCUUGAAGAAGGAGGUGAAACAAGAGGGAGACCAGCUGGUCCUGGAGGUUCUACAGUGUAGAAACAUCACUUACAAGUUCAAGAGCCCAGACCACCUACCAGAUCUCUAUGUGAAGCUGUACGUUGUUAAUGUGGCGACUCAGAAGAGGAUCAUCAAGAAGAAGACAAGAGUGUGUCGACACGACAGAGAACCCUCCUUCAACGAGACCUUUAGGUUUAGCCUCAACCCCACCGGACACUCCCUGCAGUUGUUCCUGGUGUCUAAUGGGGGUAAGUUUAUGAAGAAGACCCUGAUAGGAGAGGCCUACAUCUGGCUGGACAAGGUGGACAUGAGGAAGAGGGUGGUCAGCUGGCACAAGCUGCUGGUCAAUUCCACACACAACCAGUCCUGAGAGUUCAACUUAAGGUCACAGAAAGGUCAACCAGAGGUCAGUGAAGGUCAAUGAAUAGUAUUGGUCAGUGCUUGCUCGUAGAGGACGAAAAAGAGGAAAAGGGAUAUGAGUUGCAUUACAGAGUACCCUGCAUCUCCUUUGUGUUAUUUUAUAUGGAAAGAAGAGAGCGAGGAAGGAAGGAAGGAAGGAAGGAAGGAAGGAAGGAAGGAAGGAAGGAAGGAAGGAAGGAAGAUGGCCUAUCCCCUCACACUGCCAUAAAUGGACUGUACCCUGAUUCUUUAUUGGAUGGUAACAGCCAGAGACUCAACCCUGAUUUCUGAAUGGACCAAAUAUUCAGAGACUGUACCCAGAUUGGAUAGAGACUGCCAACACACACACACACAGACACAGACACAGACACAGACACAGACACAGACACAGACACAGACACAGACACACACAGACACAGAGGAAUGAAGAAGUCCCCUUAUCUGCUGUAAGAGGAUACACACAUCUCACAAUCUCCCAGCUCUCUGCUGGACAUGUCGGAUGCAAAACCUGACGUCAAUCAGGACUGUGCAGCAAUACCACAGAGUAAUUCCCAUGCCAGAACUACUCCUUUCUGUUUUGUCUGGAUCUGAUGUUGCUGUCUAUGGUUUAUCAUAGCCUCCACGUUAAGAUCUUUGUGAUCUGUGAAUCUGUCAGUCAGUCAGUCAGUGGGGUGCAAAUUAAUGUAUUUGUUUCUUGUCCUGGGCUGCUUGACAAAGUAUGGAAUGUUUGUUGUAUGAUACUAUUCAUGUAAUGUAAAAAAAAACAAGAUUUAUGUACUUUGAAAAUCUAUGGUUGAUAUUGCAGUAACUGAAGCUGACAUUAUCUGAACACUUCAGUCCAGUAGGUGGCGGUAAUUCCCCAUUACAGUUAGUUGUCAACCGCCAUAAAACUCCAACUAGACCUUACCUGGACAAGUGUUAAUGUACAUUCAGAUGUAGAUAGAUAUAUGUCUGAAUAUUAAUCAUAUCAAAGACACAGUGUACAGAGAAAUGUUAUUUAUGAACAUAGAGUUUAUAACAAUAAAACAUACAGAUAUUGCAGAUGAUGCGAGGGGUCUACUCAUGUGCAGUUUAUUCUAAAGACUAAAUGUAUUCUGUACAGAAGAAGGUAUGUAUGGAAGGAGCACAGACAAUCCAAUCACUUUAGCUCUGAUGUUAUGCAGUUAUACUGGGUGUUAGUCAUUGGAAAAAAUAGGAAAAUGCAGUUCAACUGGGGAAUGUGGAACUCAUUUUACAACUGAGAUAUUAGAGAGGAGAACUACGACAUGGAUAUCCCUCCUCUUACAGGUGGUGAGAAGAGAACAGAUAGAAAGGGGAUGUCAGGUCCCUUCCUCUUCAAACGAUCCCCUAUUAUGUCCUGAAUGUUACUCACUGAGGAAGAUCAUAUGAUUUUACUGGACCCAUCUGACUUGAUAUUUUUGUGUUGUCUUUCACACACGUGACUGGAGGCUUAAACAAUAGCUUUGGUUUGAGAGAGAAACCUGGAUUGCUGGCCACUUUGCCCAACCUGCAAUCGGACAGAGGGAUGUGUAGCAUCUCUCUGGUGAAGUGCUCUGCUCACCUGUCUGGGCCGCUCACCUGUUCUAUGUCAAAGCAACAGGUAAACACACCUGUCCUCUCGGUGUGUGCCUUCACAGUCUGGUUCUCUAUGCUGUGUGUGUGUGUGUUAAUGUCAUCACAUCACACAAUGUGUGGUUUGUUUAAUAACAGAACAUCCAACAUCAUGCUGUACACAGUACACUGUAAAUUGUACACUGUGCAGUCGGUGUUCUUGUAAGUGGAGGUAAUGCAACAACACAGUGAACCAGCCUGUGGCACUGCCUCUGCUCAAUGCUCUAAGUCAUUACCUAUGGCCCAGUCAUCACAUAUGGCCGGGACAUGCUGAUACACACUUAUAUACAGUAUAGGUCAAUGUUAUUGUCAGUCAUCACUAUAGUAGCCUGGUUUUCAUCUCGGUUCAGCUAUUACAUCCCAUUCCUUGUACUCUGUGUCUUUGGUAAAUGACAGGAGUGGCAGGGAGUGGAAUAUUAGCUAAAAAGAUUGGUACCCAGACUAUGAAUAUGGUGCAUCAUAGUAAACAACAUCACCAGGUGACCCAACAGACCUACUACCCUCAACCCGACUGCUAGUGUCUAGGCAUAUCACUGAGGAACUAGGGUUGACAGAUGCAAUUUCCUAAUACAUAAAGUCCAUAUCAGAGGCUCGAAAUGCAGACACUGAGUCAAGAUGUCAGAAUGUUCAUAAAACAAAAAAUAUACAUGAUUUUAAAGAAAGGUAAAAAGGUUUUACAAAAAUUAUAUUGUCGUGCCAACCUUAUUUUGUAAGCAAACCCAUUGGUUCUGUUGAAGUAAUUCUAUGCAACAUAGACUUUGUGUUUGAAUGCAUUUUCUUAACAAGUAAUAUCAGUGAACAUUGCGUCUGAAAAUAUGUAUCUUAUGAAGAGAAUUUUGAUUUAUAUAUUAUUAAAGAAAAAUAUAAAAAAAUAUAGAUACAUUUUUUUACUACCUGUAUACAAUCAUAUACAUCAAGCUUGUGCACUUUAGUAUUACAUUGUUGACUGAUUUCCUUGUUCCGUGUAAAGUGUCAUAACAUGCAAGUUGAAGUGGCUGUUCCAAUUAGUGUCUUUAUGUUGAGAUGAUUUUGAGUUUGUGAUGUAUGAAGGAGUUCAUACAAAACAGUUUUUGAUUUACAUGGCAAAAGAAAAACUCAAACUAAAUCUACAAUCACAGACAAUUUAAGGUACAUAUUGCUUCAUAUCUGAGGAGACACCAUCAAACCGUAUGGUUAAUAUAACCACCAACACAUGUAUGUAUAAAUCCAUGAUGAUCAGUCCGAGAAGAAUUAUGAGGUCAUUUUCAAAGCCCAACUCCAGGUCUGUCCCCCAUUCAUGUUCUCCUCAGAUUACACUCAACUAGAUUGUCAAUAUCCAUUGUCGCUCAGUCCGUUCCUAGUAACCAUGAAACCAAUCAAACGUGUGUAUCUGUGAGGGGUGUGAAUGUGGCGUGCUCAUCUGAUCUAUGUAAAUAUAAAGUGUUUUUAUUUUCUACAGAGAUUGAUUGUUCGUAUUGUCUGAGGUUUGAGCAUGUGAGUGUAAAACAAAAAUACAAAAAACUUAAAACCUGUCUGUCUGUCUGUCUCUAGUGGUGUGUGUGAGAAGGUGAUUAUGUGAUCUGACCGUGCGUUGUCAACCCAUGGGUGUCUGACUGUAAAACUAUGUCAAAGAUGCCCAGCCAACCAGAGGGGACAAAUCUACUUAAUUUCAGUUGUCUGAGACUUCCUGUUACCACACUGGAUAUUGCAUGUCUGUCAAUAUUUUGCUUCCAGAUAUGUUCAAAAAGAGGGAGAUAAUAUGUAUAGAUUUAUCGGAAGUUGUAUGCCGACUGUAUAAAGAUUAUGCUUGUAAAAUUGUCUUGUUUUUCACUCAGUGUAAAAAUGGGGAAUCUAUCGUUCUGGUUUUGUGGUUGUACACAGGAUGUGUUAAGAUAUUAUUAUGCAAAUUGUGCUGUAAAAAACGGCUGUUUCCCUAAAAUCUAAAGAAUAAAUAUAAAAAGAGAUUUAUUCCACAACCUAAAA